ACAAAUUGAAACUUUCAAACGGUUUAAAUCCGUGACCGGUGUGAGUGUUCGAAUUAAGCCUAACUGCUUUUUGGCAAGAUUCCCUCGGGCGCGAGUGUUACAUAAAAUGAACGUCGCAUUGCUUUCAGUCCAAAAAGGUUAAAAAUAGAUUUUCAGAGUGAGUUGCGUGUUCGGACAUUUUUGUUUUCAUAUGACAUACAUAAGGCGUCGAUUUUGUUAUUACGUUUUAGAAAUCAAAGUGAAACUCUGAAAUCAGAUACUGUAAACAUUGGACUAUUUUUUGUAUUUCGUGCUACUGUUUGUGUUAUCAAAGUAGCGUUAAAUAUACGAGGAACUGGUGUAGUUUCGUUUCGUAGCUUAAACGAUAAUAAAUGAAAUUGUGAUUCAAAUUUGUGUAAACAUUUAAAAAAUGGCUCAAGUAGAGCCAAUGGAUAUAGAUAAUGUUGGGAGUGAUUUUGACGACAAAGAGAACUCAUUACAGAACAGUAACUUCUUGCCAAGAACCCCUUGCACUGAAAAAGGAUAUGAAGAGUUGGAUGUGUCAGAACUCAACAUGAAAUUAAGAUAUUCCAUCACACCAGCUUCUUCACCUAUGUCUAAGAGUUACACGGCAAGUUGUAAGGAUAAUAAAACUUAUAGCUUUGAUGAAGACAGUCUUAACAGCACCAUUGUUAAUAAUAGUGCUAACUUAACUCGUUCAUUGAACUCAUCCAUUACUAAGUGUGAUGUUACAAAAUCGGCUAAACUGCCCUUACAAGCUUUAACAACAGAUAUUAAUUCAUCAGUAAGAAGGUCACUUGAUAACGAUCCUAGUGAUAUAACAAUUACAGUUAAUGGGAUUGAUAAUAUUGAUGAAAAUUUAUCCCUGCCAAGUGGUUCAUCUUCUGCAGUCCAGACACCUGAAGCAACAACGCCUACUAAAGAUAUUCCUAAAGGUGAUGGUGGAUCACCUAUUAUGCGAGGGCUUAAAAGUGUACUUAGCAUGUUUCGUUCAUCGCAGAGUCCCAUACCCCCUGAAGAAAAUAUAGAGAAGAAAGAUAAUGACUCACAUUCAGAGGAUGAAGCACAAAUAAAACAACUUGAGGUGUUAGCCUCUACUCCAAAAGCUAACAAUAAAAAUAAUGACAUUAAUCUAUCAAAGAGAAGUAGCCCUUUAAAAGACAGUGUGGUGUUUAAUGAUGAUUUGGAAAGAGAACUACAAUGGAAAGAUGAAACAACUAUUAUAUUUAAACAAGAGAAAAUGCCUAUACAUAAACUAUUCUUACAACAGUCAACAUCACUGGCGCUCGAUAAAAAAUUAUCUUCUAAAACAAAUGAGAUGCAACAGCUAAACAGUACAGUUGAAUACAUGGAUAUAUCAUACAAUGAAUCUUGUAUUGGUGAUAAAACUACUGAUCUAGAGGAUAAAAUAUGUGUAACUAAUGUUGAUGUGGCUAGUGGUGUAGAAUCUGAUGGUGAGUUUCUGGAUUGUGAGACGACAUACACAAAAAAUGAACAGAUUGAUUUAAAACAAGACAUAAGUACCACACACCUGGCUAAUUCAGAAAAAAAUUAUUUAACUCGAGAAAUAUGUGGGGAAAAUAUUAUUAAACAAAAUAAGACACCAAGUCAAGUAGAUAUGCCAAAAGAUGUUGAAAUUGUACAAGCUACAAAUGCAAUAAUUGUAGAGGCUAGUGAAGUCAAUUUUAAAGAACAAAAAUGUGAAACUGAAUUAGAUAAUGAAUUUCAUGAACAAAUAUCUAACAUUCCACUUAAUGCACAAAAAGAAAUAGAAUGUCAUACACAGGAUGAAAUUCUUGUGAUUAAAGACAUGAGUCUAACUUCAGCUGAUACAAAAAUAGCAUCAGAUAUUGAUAUGCAAAAACCAGAUAUAUUAAUGGAAAACCUUAUUAAAAAUGAAGAAAAGAAAACAAUUGAUUUAGAAAAUCAAAAUAAUUCCAUUUUGAGUUCUUCAAAUAAUAAGGAAAACAUAAAACAAAACGAAGAGAAACAGUUAAAUUUUGAUGCAACUAUGCCAUUAAAUAUAGUAACAGAUUGUCAUGAUAAUGUUUUGUUGAACCAGAACAAUGAUUCUAAUAAUUUUAUUCUUAUUAACAAAGAAAGCCUAGAGCUAGAAGAAAACAGAACUCUACCAUUAAAUUCAGGAAUCUUACAAAUAUGUGGAAUAAUAUCCGAUCAAACUGUACAUGAACAUGUAAAUAAUACACUUGAUCUCAAGUCUGAUACUUUUAAUCUAGAAGAUCACAUACAGGAGAAUAAUGUUGAGAAUGAUCACAUAGUUGAUUCUAAAGAAUAUUUAAAUGAUAAUGUUACACAUUUUGUAGAUAAUAAUUGUGAAAUAAAUGAAAUAUUUGAUUCAAUUGAUCAAAACACUCAAGAACUCGAGACUUCUUUAAAACAAGACAAAAUUAGUAUUCAUGAUUUAAUUAAAAAUCAAUUUCAAAAUAAUGAUAAUGUCAAUGAUUUAGGAAAUAUUAAGUUACAAGAUAUUGAAAAAGAUGUUAAUUUAUAUGAUGUGUCAUCGAAUGAUGUUAAUGAUCAUUUACCUUCUGAUAUUCCACUACCGAGUGAUGAUGAUAUUGAAAAAGACAGCCUAAUGGACCAUAUAAUAAAAAAUGAUGAUAUAGAAGAUGAUAACAAUUUUGACUGUAUCAAAAAUAAUAAUGCUAAAGAUAAUUUGGAAUGUAUGGACAGCAUUAAUGAAGGAGCCGUAAUAACAAAUAUUGAAAUAACCUCUAAUGAAUUAACUAAUAUUACAUCAUUGCCUAAUUCUGAUGAAAUGAAGGAAAACUCAUUAGCUACAGAAAAUGUUUCAAAUUCAACUAAUAAGUCACAAUUAGUUGAAUUUGUCAAUAAAACAGAAAUAAUUCAAGAAUCUACUCCUUUCGACUUACCCGAUAGUGAAACAAACCCGUCUAAUACAGUAUUAGAAACAAAUGAAAAUCAACAAUGUCUAAAUAACGUUGACAUAGCUAUAAAUCAAACAAUUGAUAACACAGUUUCUGUAAUUGAUGGAUGUAUGGAUAGUCAAUCCAUUAAUUAUACACAUAAAGAAGUUGAAGAAAAAGAAUUAGAAAAUAAAGAAUGUGUCUUGAAUGAAGAAAAUAAGGUUAACAUUUUGGAUGAUAAUGUAGGAUUAAAAGAAAAUAAAUUAUUUGAGGAAGAAAUUGUGAUAUCUGCAAAUAAUAGUCCUUAUGUUUCUGUGAAUGACCUUGAUUUAAAUAUUCCUAAAUAUGAUAUCAAACUGGAUGAUAUAGAAAGUCCGUUUGACACAAAGAAUAAAAUUGAUACAUCACCUCCCAUUUCUCCAAAGUUAUCUCAAAAAGGAUAUAAUAUAAACUUUGAUGAAAUAGAUGACCCAUUUGCUACUAAAACUAAUAUUAGAAUGUCACCACCUCCAGAUAUUAGUCCAAAUAAUUCUAAUGUGUCAGUAAAUAUUACUCAAAACAAAGUAGAUAUUAAGAAGAGAGCACAACCGCAAAAUAGAAGAAAGUCACAGCCUGAAAGAGAAAAAAGAGAAGUUACCAAAAAACGUUUCAACAGUUCUUACAACUGUGAUACAAGAACUAGUAAGAAGCAAGUCGGUGCUUUAAAUCAAGAAGACAACAAAAGUGUACUAGGCAAAAAUCAAACUAAUGACUUAAAUUGUACAACAACUAUGUUAGAUGUUGAUAAUAUAAAAUCUAUAGUUACUGAUGCGUCUACGGUGGAAAACUUUAAUAUUUCGAAUACAGAUCUUAUUCAUCCAGACGAACCUCUUGACGUAAAACAAAAUAAAUCAUUAAAUAUUGAACCUACUCGCUUAAGUUUUCCAUCAAAAAAUGUUUUUAAUCUUCCCGAAAUAGAUGACAAGAAUUUUAAUCCUUUUGCCACUAAAUCUAAAAUCUGCAUGUCACCGUCGCCAACAUUUGAAGAAGAAAAUACUUUAAUGGAGGAAAAUAUAACAUCUUCAGAUCCUGUAAGCGAAAUGCCUCAACAAACAGAAUAUUUAACCCCCGAUUUAGAAAAACAUACUCAAGAGGAUAAGGUUUUAUCAUCUGAUGUUAGUAGUGAAACUUGUUGUUCAAGAAAUACUGACAAGGAUUACACAGUGCGAGAAAUCCAUACAGAAGAUGAGGACACAGUUGAAGGUCCCUUUCUCGAGGUCGAAGAAUUUGCUGAUGUAGUUAAAGUUUCAGAUUUUGGCAAUGAAGCGGAUAUGAUGCAGUUCGAAGAUAUACAUGCAGAUAUUAACAAUGAAAAUAAAGAAGACGGUGAACUAUUCAUAGACGCUGAAGCAUUUGAAUUUCUGCUUAAUCAAAACAAAUGUAACGUAGUAGCAGACAGCGGCAAAGAAAGUCUAUUCCUAAAAUUCGAUCCGCUUUUCGCUAAAAGAGUGUCAUCAGAUGGGGUAUUAGCUGCAUUAAAUAGAAUCCAAAAGAGGCAAAGUACACCUAAGAAAACACUAGAAGCAUCUAAACAGAAUGAUGUAAUUGAUGAAGAAAAACCAUCAGCUAGUGCAUCAAAUGUUGGUCCUAUGUUUGAAGAAAAUAAUUAUGAAACAGUUAUGGUUACAAAACCUAUGAUGGUCGUAAAUCCUGCUAUUAAUUCUCUCGCUUCACCAAGAAAGUCGGUUACACCGCCUAGAAUAAAUAGACGCUCGUUGACGUUCACUUCACCUGCUAUGGCUGUUAUUGAUAGACUUCUGUCUCUAAGCGGUAACAGUUCAAAUUUGGACCCUGAUACAACGCCGUCACGAGGAAACAGAGAAUAUAAUGAAACCGACGUUGCACUCACGCAACUUAGAGAACUUUUAGCCGAAAAAGAAAUACAUGUCCAUAAUUUAAGAUCUGAAAGUAAAGAAUUGAAGGAAAGAUUAGCUACAAUGGAGUCACAAGUCAAUGCGUUAGAGAAAGAAACUGAAGAAAGACUAAAGAAAGUUAAUGACUUAAAUGAGCGUCUGGCAGAGAAGACAAAGGUCAAUAAAAGUAUGGCUGUUGUUGUAGAGGAAUACGAGCGAACGAUUGCCAGCUUGAUAGCUGAAAUGCAGCUAGAAAAAAGGCGGAAUACAGAGGAAAGGACAAGGUUAAUUAGUGAAAGAGAUGAACAAACUGCGCAUCUAGCUAGUAUGGAGGUGUCGUUCAGCGAUUUGCACAGUAAAUACGAGAAAAGUAAACAAAUCAUACUAAGUAUGAAAGCAAAUGAAGAUACAUACAGGAAGUCGAUAAAAGAUUUCGAGGACAACUUGUUUAAAAUGCAGAAUAAUUAUGAACUAUUAAAGCAACAUGCCACCUCUAAGUUAAAUCACGCGAAUCAGGAAUUGGAGAAAUUUAAUAGAGCACACGAAUCGGAAGUUUUGAAACUUAAUGCUAUGAUAAAACGCAAGGAUUUACAUAUAACGUCUCUCGAAGAAUCCCUUACGCAAAAAACCAAGGCCAAUGAAGAACUGACGGCCAUUUGCGAUGAGCUCAUUAAUAAAGUUGGAUGAACUAUAAUUUAAAUAAUUGCAAAUUAAAUUUACUUUAUAACGUGUCUUAGUAUCGACUGGUUUUUCAUGACUCGCUUAUGUACUUAUCUUGCGAUAAGUUGCAUUAAGUUUGAACUUCAAAUAAGUGCCAAAUCUGUAAUACUAACAAUUAAGACUGUUUAUUUAUGUGAUACAGUUUAAAAUAUUGUGACAUUAUACUUUGAAAAUUUCUGCAAAACUUAUUGAUACAAAAUUUCAAUAACAUUCAGUAUUUCUUAAGGCAAAAAUGAGUACAGAAUUUACUCUAUAAAUUAUUUAUUAAAAUAAUACUUGUCUUACAUGUUAUAGCUAAAGGCCUAUUCAUUGUCUAUGGUAAUGUUACACUGUUCAUAUUAUGCUGGACAUAAUGUUAAAAGUUGUAACUUCUAGAUACAGAUUAUAUAACUUUAAAUGUAUGCACAUUGAAAAAUCUUUAUGGUAAAUACUUUUUGGUUGUAACUUGUACUAAACAUAUAUGAAAAAAAAAAUAUUUUAAUGCUACUAUUUGCUAGAUUUUGUUAACAUUUUAGAAAUAUUGUGUAGUUAAUUAGUAUAUAUUUUUGGACAUUGUAUAAUGAGAUAUUUUUAUAUAUAUAUUAAAAUAAAAUAUUUUUAUAACAUUAGUUUUUUCCUGGAUACAUAAAGAAUACAAAAUAAAUUUCUGUAGUACUUUCAGAUUAAUUUAGUUAUUUGAAUUAAGGAUCCUUAGGAAUACAAAGGAGGUUUCAUUAAAAAAGUUAAAUGUUUUAAGAUUGGAAGUAAACAGUAGGUUAUUACCUGUUUUAAUUACUUUUUUUUUCUUUAUUCAUUAUAAGCAUGGUAAGCUCAUUUACCAUGUAUCAAGCUUAAUAAACUUCAAUAUUUAGAAAUAUAAUCCAACUUUUUUCAUCAUAACAAUAUGCAUACAUAUUUUUUUUAUCCAAUAUAUAUAUUUUUGAAUCCUGUGUGCUUUACAUGUCUGAGCGUUAAUCCAAAUGUUGGGCCCAAUUUACCACAAACCAUUCCCUUGGUAUAUUUAGUGUUCAAUUGAAAUUUAUAUUUUUAUAACGAAAAAUAUGUCUACUAAUUAUGUAUGACGAUACUUUUCAUAUCUCAAUGCUCGAAUUGUUGAAUCUAAUAUUUUUGUAUAAUAUUGUGUUAGAGAUAGUUUAAACACUAUUUUAGUUAAUAAAUGUAUUGAUUUU